GCGGGGCCGCGAGGGCCCGCGGAAGCAGGGCUCGAGCUCGCCCCUCGGGCGCGGCGCCGCCCCUCGAUUGCCGUGGGGUCUUGGCUCCUCCGCGUCGUCCCAGGGUGACGGCCCGGCUCACCCAGUGGGGGCUGCGAGCCUGAGGAGUGGGGAACCGUGAGGAAACUGAGGCAAGGGGCGGGGCCGGAGAGGCCCCUCGCACUGCCGGGGUGAUAGGGGGACGGUGAUCCCUCGGCACUCUCUCAGACGAUGGCCCUGGCCCUGCCGAUCUGACACCUUUCUUUCGGCCUAAUGCACGUGACGUCCGGGGAGAAGGUCUUUGCACCCCGCUGGGCCCAGGGGGCACCCCUGGGGGAGGACACCCCAACCUCAUGCUCAGGGCGGGGCCCCAGGGUUGCUCGGCCUCGGGUCCACAACCUCCUACUGCUAACAUGCCUACUGCCAUCCAUACCUAAUUCUGAGUUUGCGAUAUCCGCCCGGUGGUAUUCUGCCUGAGAACAUCCCCCCGUGCUCCGGGACCCGAUUUAAGGCUUUUCCCCCAAUAAUAAUGUCAAUAAUAGGGCACGUUUAUCUCAGUGCCAAGCUAGGUGUUUUCUUUCUCUGAUUGGCUGCAAUUCUGGAAGGUAGGUAGUUAUUACUCCCAUUUUGCAGGUCAGGAAACUGAGGCCAGAAAACUGAAGGAACUCGCUCAAGGUCAUUCAUUUCGGGGGGUGGGGGCUGGGUUAGAAUCCAGUCAGUCUGACUCCACAGCCCCCUGCCCUUCUUACUGCAAACCACUGAGAUACACUGACGUCCAGUGUUUCACUCUGCUGGACCAGAGCUCACAGUAAUCACAGUCGCAGUAAGAAUUCCGACUUAUUGAACGCCAGGAGCUCUGGUGAGCACUUUGCAUACAUCAUCAUCGACUCUCCACAUUAACCCCAUGAGGUUUGAUGUCCUUAUUCUCUCACCUCACCCCCACUUUUCAGAUGAGAAAACUGAGGUUCAGGGAGAUGGAGCCCAUUGCCAAGGUGUUAGAGGCAGUCAGUGGCUCAGCUGUCACCCACCCUGCUGCAGCCCUGGCUGUGACCUGCAGCAUGAAGCUGAUGCUCUGCUCAAUCCUGGGCCCCCACUCCCUCCAUUUCUUCCCAGUGCAACCCUAACAGUGUUCCCCGUGGGUGACAUCCAUCCCUUCACAUUGGUGGGCACAAGUCCUCCACGUAACCCAGGCAAACUCUCUGCCCCUGGGAUGACAGCCUAUCUCUGCUGGGUCCUACUUCAAGCUUAUUGUUUGCGGCCCUCACUCCAUGCUCCUUAGUCUCUGGGUAACAUCUGGUCCCAGUAAUGCUGGCCCCCAGUUCUGCAGCAGAGUACACUGGGUAGGGGAAAAGAGCAGAGCUUUUGUGUCUGACGCACAUGGGUACAGUUCCUGCCUCCCCCACAUGUGCCUGGAGCAGAGUAAACACCCAGGAAAUGUUGCUUAGUUUUGUGGUCUAUAAAAUGGACAUAAUAGUUGCUACCACACUCCUAAUGUGUGCCAGGUGCUAUCCUAAGGACGUUACAGAUAUGAACUCAUACAGCCCUUACAGCAACCCUUCAGGCAGGUAUUGCCGUUAUCUCCAUUUUACAGGCCGGGUGUACUACUUCAAUCACAUCACUAACGCCAGCCAGUGGGAGCGGCCGAGUGGCAAUAGCACUGGCGGCGGCAAAAAUGGACAAGGGGAGCCCGCCAGGGUCCGCUGCUCACACCUGCUGGUCAAGCACAGCCAGUCGCGGCGGCCCUCGUCCUGGCGGCAGGAGAAGAUCACCCGGACCAAGGAGGAGGCUCUGGAGCUGAUCAAUGGCUACAUCCAGAAGAUUAAGUCGGGAGAAGAGGACUUUGAAUCUCUGGCCUCACAGUUCAGUGACUGCAGCUCCGCCAAGGCCAGGGGAGACCUGGGUGCCUUCAGCAGAGGUCAGAUGCAGAAGCCGUUUGAAGACGCCUCCUUUGCACUGCGGACAGGGGAGAUGAGCGGGCCCGUGUUCACGGAUUCCGGCAUCCACAUCAUCCUGCGCACGGAGUGAGGGGCGUGGACGGCCCAGGCCCGCCGCACACACACCCCGCCCCCGCCCGGGUGGGUGCGGGGCAGGGUGGCCGGGUGCGCAGACUCCGCUCCCUGCUGCCGCUGACCAGCGGGCACCCCUCCCUGCUCGUGUCACACAGUAUUUAUUGAUCCCAAAAUGGCUGGGAGGGGGGCUCUUCACCACCGGGGGCUCCCUGCCAGACUCGCCUCCCCUUUAGGAAUUGACUUCAGAAGGGCGCGGGGUGGAGAGGCUCGCCGGGCUUCCACAUCCAAGGGCUGGGGGUGACCUGUCCCAAAGAGAAGGCCUGGCUAGCUGAGCCGCCCCCUGUGUCCCCCCAGGUCCAGGACGGGGGGGGGGGCAGGAGGGCCUUGAGUUAUUUCUGGUUUUGCCACCUCCCUCUAUUGGGUUGCAAAAAGCAAACGCUCCGCCUGGGGCCCGGGCUGCCUGCUGCUUGGGGGCCCUCUCUAAGCAGCAGUGCAGCACCUUCCCCAGCCUCCAUUAAACCUGGAACCGGU